AGGUUUUUGGGUUUUUUUAAUGAAGUGACGAGGAAGAAAAAAAAAACUCGUCUGUUGUUUGUUUGUGUUGUCUUCUCGCCCCCCUCCUCCUCCCCCCCCUCGUGAGGUUGGAUUGGAUUGGAUUCUCUCCCCCUCGGUCUAAUCACGACAUGAAGCUUUGAACUCGAUACAAACCCUCCGCGAAGUCCUCCACUCUCUAACCCACCCGCGUGACCCCGUUUCAUCCGCGCGACCUCAUUAAACAACCGAAAAUUCCUAGAACGCGUGGAGGUUUUUUCCCAAUCUGGCAACACGGGAAUGCACACGUCACGCGCGGGACCAAAAAAAAAAAAAACCACGCGCGGGUCGACUUCCGGUCUGAGAGAGGGGAACAAAACAAAACAAAACAUUCAUAACACGUGUAACUCUUCACACACUCCGUGGUUCUGUAGUAAACGAAGAGCUUCCGGUUUGCGGUGGAGCGCGUGGGGUUUUUUUUUAAAGUCUUAAGAAUGAGGACGUGAACGGGUGGUGUUUAUAAGUUUUUGGUUUUCACCGCCGGUAUUCCGACAGGCACCGCCUCCCUGCGCUCUGAUUGGCUGGUGCGUCACUCACGCGUGCACUUCAGUACCGCUAUCAAGUGUUAGAACCUGCUGCCACGCCCUAGAACUUUUAUUCAUAAAGUCUCAGCAAGAAACAUGUGACAUGUCAAAUCAGGACAAUAUGCAAAUAAUAAUAAUAAUGAAUGCUUGAUUUGCAUAUGAUUUAAAAAAAAUGCUUUUUUAAAACUUUUUUUUAGAUGAUUUAAUUUUAAAAACAACAGCGCUGUUCGAGUUCUGGAUUGCGAUUGGUCAGAUUCCAGAUGUUGAUUAAUUAGAAUACUAUGCAAAUGAGUUGAUCAGUAAUUCAUGCUUGAUUUGCAUAGGUUAAAAAUGCUUUUUAAAAUGAUUUAUUGUGAUAAAUCCAGUGGUCAGAGAGUUGUUUUAUUUACCGAGUUCUGGAUUGUGAUUGGUCAGAUUCAAGGUGUUGAUUAAUCUUCUAUAACGGCAGCUCUGACAGGUUUAUAUUAAUAUUAACGCGCUCGUUCGGAGACGUUAUCGUUUCUAUAGCAACAGCUCGUUCGCAGGGACGUGUACGGACGGCCGCGCCACGUACGUGCUUUGAAGUGAGUAAUUAUAAUCAGUUUAAUUAGAAUUGACGGUUAAUGCGUACAUGGGAUGUUUAUUGGUUGGCGUGGGCGUGACCUCGUGAUCUCGAGACCAAAGUGUUCAUCGCUUUAAUAACGACUGUCGUUAUGAGCUACAGUUUCACUGCCGUGAACGCGAGGUGGCUACCGGCCAAUCGUGACGCAGGCGGCGGCGGCGUCAGGAUAUAGAAAAUCUAUUUGUGUUACCACAUGUAAACUUUUUCAUUUCAUUUAGUUCAACCCAUCAUCAUGCACUGUUAUCAUCACCACCAUCAUCAUCAUGUAUUGUAAUGAAUUUAAUGGAUUAUAGGAAAUGAACUCGUCUGAGUGUGGCGUUAAAUCAGAUGGACAUGCACUUGAUAAAGAGGUUAAGGUCGAGAAGGACGCAGACGACAUUUCAGACGUCGAGACGCAACGGAAUUUGGAGGACGAGUGUUUGAACCGCUUCGCUCGGAGGAUCGCUAAGAGAUCUGCGUCGCACGGGUUCGACGGCCUCGACUCGGAGCAGAACCAGCCCGCCGGCAGAAAGAAGGCCAAGGUUGGAGAACUUUUCCAAGGUGGCGGCUCGGAGGAAACGCCCAGAUCCCCCCAGGACAGAACCGUAUCGUCAUACCGGAAGCCUUUAUACGGCAUUUCCCAUCGUAUCUCCGAGAAAAAGGCCAACAUGGAUCAGCACGAAUCCGGGACCCGGGUCAGCCGUAACGGGAUCCUUUUCCCAAAGUUGGACAGCCCGAUUCACGUGAGGUUCGAUGCGGCGUCGUCUUCCAGAUCCUCUACGUCCCCGGUAUCUCCCGAUUCUCAUCUGUAUCCGCUUUUCGAAAAGAUGUUCUUCAUUCUCAACAGUCUGAACUCCAGCAUGUCUCAGCUGCACAGCAAGGUGGACCUUCUUUCACUAGAAGUGACGCGCAUCAAGAAGCAGAUCAAGCCUUCGGAGAUGGCUAUGGAGUUCCAGCCUCCACCGGAAUACCAGCUGACCAGAGAGGAAUUGGGACAGUUGAUGGAGCAAACCUCCAGCGCUGGUGAACUGGGGUGCAGGCUGCUGGUCCAGCUAUUCCCAGAGCUUUUCACAGCUAAAGAAUGCGCCCACGGUUGCCGAGCUUGUGGCGUCGCCAGCAAAGCCGCUCUGGAUUCGUUGCACCUUCAACUCGUACGCAACUACAUGGAGUCGUGCUACCCGCUGGUCAAGAACGGAAACGUUUGGCAGAACGAGUGCCUGCCGCAGAUCAACGACUUUUUUAACCGUUUCUGGGCUCAGAAGGACAUGGAGAGCGGGCAGGUUUGCGGGAAACGGACCGGGUUCGACGCGGACCAAAACCACCACGGCUGCCAUUUCAUCAACGAGGACGGACAAGACGAGGGGCUGUCGCUGGAUUCCGGAGAGAACCCCGCCGUCAACGGCGGCCAGUUCGGCCACGUCGAAUCGGAUCUCGCGUUCGAUUCCCAAGAAAGCGGCGAGAAUCCCGACGACAUCACGUCAGCUGAGGAGUUUGUGGUAUUCCUUUUGAACAGACUGUUCCCCGAAGUGUUUGAGGAAGGGAGACUUCCAGAGGGCCACAGGACCGUCGGAGAGCUGAUGGUCAGUUCGGACCGACUGGAGAUUAUCCGUAAAUACAUGGAGGCGAAUUUUCCAGAAAUGCCCGAAGACACCUGGCUGCAGUUGUGCGUGCAGCGGAUGGAGGACGCGCUCGAGAAUGUUUCCGCCAACGGUGGCGAUCAGGAGAACCUCCCCGAGGAGAUCUACAACCCCGUUACUCUCCCUGACGAUGUCUCCGUGGUGAAGAUCAGUGAUUUUUCCGACUUUGAAAGGUGUAACCGGAGGUCGAAAAGGCUGCUGCUCGAACCCGUCGACUUCAACAAAAUGGACGUCCCUCGGCCGGAUUUUGACGUUCCACAAGAGUACCUACUCACGAAGGAGCAGCUGAGGAGCAUCUACAAUAGCAGCUUGUCCAUCGGAAACUUCGCCUCCCGUCUUUUGGUCCUCAUGUUCCCCGAACUGUUCACGCAAGAAAACAAUCGCAAGCACUACAACUGCAGCGGCUCGCUGGGAAAAAAGCAGCUGGAUCCUGUCCGGAUCAACCUCAUCCGCCAUUACGUCCAGCUGCUCUACCCUAGAGCUAAAAACGACCGGGUUUGGACCCUGGAGUUUGUAGGGAAGCUUGAUGAAAGGUGCAGGCGUAGAGACACGGAGCAGCGUCGCUCCUACCAGCAGCAGCGGAAAACCUACACCUCGGAUCAAGAUUCCGAUCUCGGGGACUACAUGACCGCUAGCCAGAUCACCCCGGAUCGUCCGAAAGAGGACUUCGACGUGCCCUCGUUGCCACCCGAAAAAAGUAGCAAAGACUUCUGUAAGAUUCCUCUGGACGACCUCCAGGUUUCCGAUCCAGACUUCCCAGUGCCUUCGUCGUACUUACUCACGGACUCCGAAGUUAGAGAAAUCGUCCAGCAGAGCCUCUCGGUCGGGAAUUUCGCCGCCCGUCUUCUCGUCCGUCUCUUUCCUGAACUCUUCACGCACGAGAACCUGAGGCUUCAGUACAACCACUCGGGCGCCUGCAACAAGAAACAGCUGGACCCCGUGCGACUCCGACUCAUCCGCCAUUACGUCGAGGCCGUGUACCCGGCGGAUAAAAUGGAGGAGGUGUGGCACUACGAGUGCGUUCCCAGCAUCGACGAGCGCUGCAGGCGCCCGAAUCGCAAGAAAUGCGACAUCCUGAAAAAGGCCAAGAGAUCGAACAGCAUCGUGUCGUGUUCCUAACGAUUUACGCCUGAACGAAACUCUAACUUUUGCACAAGACCAUCGGCGCGAGCUGUAAACGACGAGAUCCUCAUCGAGUAGGUCCUUGUUUACAAGAUGGAGCUACAGCAGCGAAGCUAAUUAACGAUGACACUAACGACAGAUAAUAUUAAUAUGCCAAGCUAUCGUACUUCUAACUUUUACUAGAAAAGCUAUCGUCGCCUUAGCCUAGCCGAUACACGAGUGGAAAGAACUGAAUCUUUAGUUCCAAGUCACUUUAGUAACGGCAGAGAGGGGUAUAUUUUGUUUUUAAUUCAUUCUAACGUUGCAGCACUGGUGUUUUUCUAACUUGAUGUCCUAGCUACGCUGUAGACUAAAAUAGAGAAGCAAAUCGAUGACUAUUUUUAAAUAAAAGUUUGCAUUUCAUCAGAAACGGA